AUGGCGUUUAUGAAUCUACCAGAUUUUAGUGGCCUAUUGGCAAUAGCAAAAGUAGAAGCAGCUUAUAAACAUGAAAGAGGAAUUAAAGAAGCCAUAGAAGAGGCGCUAGAAUCACUUUCAUUGUAUCAGCUGAAGGAUACUUUGGAAGCUACUGAAGAAGAGGCUGAUGAAAACAGGCUGCUUCCAGCAAUGAAUAAAAUAUGGCCAUUCCUGGUUACAUGUAUUCAGAACAGGAACCCAGUGGCUGUCCGGAGAUGUUUGAAUGUGAUCAGCAAUGUAGUACAAAUAUGUGGUGGAGAUUUCUUCACACGCCGCUUCCAUACCGAUGGAACACACUUCUGGAAACUUCUAACAACAUCCCCAUUUCGGAAAAUGUCCAAUUUCAAAGAUGAGAAGACCCCUUUACAACUCCCUUACAGAAACAGUUCUGUAACUUCCGAGGAUUCAUUGGCCGAGACUUCCUAUCUGAAAGUUCAGAUUGCAGUGCUUAACAUGGUUGCGGAUUUAUGCAGUAAUAAGAGGAGUGCCACAGCAUUAGAACUUGUUUUGAAAAAGCUAUGCGGAUUGGCUGUUGGGAUAGCUUGUAGCAAUGUUGCUGGACUUCGCGAUGCUUCUUUUAAUGCCCUUCAUGGACUUGCAUCUAUUGAUCCUGAUCUUGUGUGGCUUCUCUUAGCCGAUAUCUACUACUCUAUAAAGAAGAAUGAUGCUUUGCCUCCUCCACCUAGACCAGAUUUACCAGAGAUCUCUGAAAUCAUUCCUCUUCCCUCAUCUCUCAAAGAAUAUCUAUACGUACAGUAUGGGGGACAGAGUUAUGGUUUUGACAUGGAUUUGGCCUCUGUUGAGUUUGCUUUCACCAAGAUUGAUUCUCAAUAUCAAAUGUAUAGCUGA